UAAGCGUUUUAGGGGAUGGGGGGGCUCUUUGCAUUGAGAUGUUAAGUGGGUGUGUCUAUAUAAACCCGUGCGUGGUCCACUUUCGCUUUUUGGCUGUUGUGAGGGAAAGAAAUUCGCUUCGUGAGAGAGGGAGAGAGAGAAAAAAAAGGGAGUGAGGAAAAAAAACAGAAUGGUGGCUACUAUUGACUGUGCGGACAAGUCCGACUCAAUCACGGCAAGUAAGGUCUCUAAACCAUUGAUGGAGAAGAAACGAAGGGCCCGGAUUAACAAGUGUUUGGACCAGUUGAAAUGCCUUCUGGAGAGCCACUAUAGUAGCACUAUUCGAAAGCGCAAACUGGAGAAGGCGGACAUCUUGGAGCUCACCGUGAGACAUUUGAAGCACCUUCAGAAAAUCUCUCCCACCUCUCCCUCCACACGUGGGGAACUUUCCGAUUACCAGAAAGGCUACCACAGCUGUCUGGCUAACUUUCAACACUAUUUGCUGAUGGCUGACACGGUGAAUGACCAACAGCGCCUCAAGAUAGCGCCCUUGAGCUGCAAACCGCUGCACAUCUGCAGGACCACGGACAGCGAUGUAGUCCACGCGGAAACGCGAGAAACGGCUUGGAGAGCACAGAACGACAAGGCGAUCUCUCCAAGGACCCACGACGCGUCUCAUUUUCACUCAAGUGAAGACACCACCCAGAAACUGUCCACGCGGUUUGGACCGGUCGCUGCUCCGACCACAGAAGCCCUGAAUAAACGAACCACUGUCAAAAAACUUCACCCCAAAAGUCCCAGUGAAGUUGGCAGCCCUCGUCACAAUAUGUGGAGACCUUGGUAGGGACACUGAAAGCUUCGCCUUUUUAUAGAAACGUUGUGAGCUUCUAUUUUCUGAAUAAAAAUGACAAUAAUAAGA